AAAAAACCUUAAACAAUGACCAAACCUUUUCUCACCAAACAAUGCCCAAAACCUUCCAAAUCCACCAGUACCACCUCAUCAGCGAUGAAAUCGACGGCACAUGUGCCAAUCUGUACUCAAAUCCCGGCCGUGACCCCACCUCCGGCUACUUCUUCAGUGCACCCUCCAGUCCAAUGCAGUUCUUCGUCUUAUCCACUUUCCCUCCUCCUCCAUCUUCUAAACCAACUACUACGUAAUACUAUUGCUUUCUACUCUACUGCUCCUCGACUAUGUCUGGAUCGAUCGACUUUGAUUUUUCUUCUAACUUCUCACCAAACGUUUCCAUACCUAAUGAAUCGAUGAUGUCUGCGGACGAGUUGUUCUUGAACGGUCAGAUCCGACCGAUGAAGCUUUCGUCUCCCCUGCAGACCUUGGCUCCGUUGUUAGAUCUGGACGUUGAAGAGGAGCAAGACAAAGAGAACGGCAACAUCAUCAAGGAUUCCUAUUGUGAAAAUCGUCAAGAUUCGGUUACGAGAGGGAGGGAUCUUAGUUCACGCAACAUAUCUCUUCACAGAAAAACCAGAUUGAUGUCACGGCUUAGAACAGAGCAGUUCUUUUGGCAAGACGAUAAUGCAUUUGAGUCAAAACAAGCUGAUGAGAAUAAAAAGGGUGGGACUCCGCCAAUAGACACGACGCUGUCCUGUUCGUCUUCGUCUUUGUCUUCAAGGUCUUCGUCUUCUGGAAGCAACUCGAAGAAGUGGAUAUUUUUGAAGGAUCUAUUGCACAGAAGCAAAAGCGAAGGUGGAGGUAACAACAAGGACAAGUUCUGGCCUAAUAUCACGUUUUCGCCUGUGAAAGAGAAGAAACUAGCUUCGUCAUCUGUCUCGCCAUUCUCAUUCUCUUCAAGAGAUGACAAGGAUAAGAAUCGCAUGCGCACAGAAAUACACAAGGGAAACAAACAGGUUCGGAUGAAAAAUGGGGUUGCCGCAAAACCUGCCAACGGCAUGGCGAAGCGGGCAUCGGCUCACGAGUUGCAUUACACUGCAAAUAGGGCACAGGCGGAGGAGAUGAAGAAGAGGACCUAUUUGCCGUACAGACAAGGGUUGCUCGGAUGUCUAGGGUUCAGCUCCAAGGGUUAUGGCGCUGUUAAUGGAUUCACUAAGACUCUGAAUCCUGUCUCCUCGAGGUAAAAAAGAUUGAGCUAGAUGUUGUAAAAUUGUAUACUACUAGCCUGUAAGUUUUCAUGUUAAUUAUGCUCUGUAAUGUAGAGAAUCUAGAGAUCACCAUCGCUGAUUUGUCUCUCCAGAGACGAAGUUAUUCGGUUCUGUGAUC